AGAAGUGAGUUUCUUUGGCGAUCAAAAACAUCCCCCUCUUGUCGUGAUGUGGAACUUCGCGCUAUUUCGAUCGUUCUCGCGUCUCUGAUUUCGACCCUUUGGUUUUUUUUUCUCUCCCGUCGAAACCCAAGUCGUCGAUCAGUCGAUUGUUUCUUUGAUUCCCCAAAGUCUGAAUCUUGCUUUCCUUUUCUCUCGGUUUCGUGUCUGGUAGUGCUACUGCAGUUGCCUUCUUAGUGUAAUCGGAGCAGGACGGCCAUGGCGAAAAGCUUGUUCAAGCUGGAACACCCUCUCGAGAAGAGGCAGGCUGAAUCUGCACGAAUUAGAGAGAAGUAUCCUGAUAGAAUUCCGGUUAUCGUGGAGAAAGCUGAAAGAAGUGACAUUCCUGACAUUGAUAAGAAAAAAUACCUUGUACCUGCCGACUUGACUGCUGGGCAGUUUGUUUAUGUUGUUCGGAAACGGAUCAAGCUCAGUGCUGAGAAGGCUAUAUUUGUCUUUGUGAAGAACACUCUACCUCCUACUGCUGCACUGAUGUCUGCAAUUUAUGAGGAAAACAAGGAUGAGGAUGGUUUCCUUUACAUGAAUUACAGUGGAGAGAACACUUUUGGUUUUGGGAGGCCCCGAGAGCAAUAGCCUCACUUUGUAGAUAAACCUGAAAUGCGUAAAUUCUUCCUCUUUCAACUUGGUGACCCUAUCUUCAUUUAUACUUUUCAAUGCAUAGGUCAGAUUCUUCAAAGUGAUAUUAGGGAAAGCGUUUGGAUGAUGUCACUCUUUUAUUAGUGAAUACUUGGUUUCUUGACUGGUCUCUUUUCAAUUGUUUCCUUUUCAUAACAAUGCCGGGUUAUAAGCCUCAAA